GGUCAGGGUUUGUGGUUUGAUCGGGAUUAUGCCUUGUGAAUGCUGCCAUGUCUGAACACAUUGUUCUGUGCUAACUGCUAAGCAGACAAGGGAUUUCGCUGUAAAAUAACUUUUGGAUCAUCCUAAAGCCGAGCUUGCAUGCAGUGAUUGGAAGUUUCUCUGUCUUAAGAUAAUACCAGACUCGGAGUAAUGAGAAAGAAGACAAAAAAUGACACUUUCAUAUCGAGGCCUGAAGCUAUCAAGAUUCUGAAAGAAGUUCAAAAGGUGGAGAAGAAGAGGAUUGUUAAGAGAACUCUCUCUAAUGAAAGAAGUUCCAGAAGUCACAGCAUGAUUAUACUAGAUGUUCCAACAGUGGGAGGUCGUUUGAUGCUUGUAGACACGGUAGGAUCAGAAAACAUUGACCAAGCUGGGCAAACUGGGUUUGAGGCUAAGAUGAAGGUAGGUAAAGUUGGCAAGUCUAAGUUGCUUUAAUUGUAAAAAUAAUGUCGCCUUCAUAUAUUGUAAAGUCAAUUUAAGGGAGUUUUGAGAUUUGCUUCGUAUGGAAUAAACAGACAACAAAGAUAAAUCAACGGAACAUAGCACUAAAAAUGGUAGUUGAGUAAAUCGCAAAUGGAGGCUCUUAUGUGCCUUUCAGAGAUAACAAGUUGACUAUGCUGCUCCUGGCAAACACUUCCUUCGAGUUUGGUUAUGGGGUGAAAUAUCUGCUUUCUUUGAAUUUGGAUUUUUGAGUUGUCUUUUCCAAGUCAAGUCUGG